AGAGACCGCGGCUUGAGCCGGGGCGCAAGGAAGAAGGGAGCGAGGGAGGCCGAGGCGCGGGGAGCCCAGGCUGGGGGAGCUCCCGCAGGGAUGCCGGCGCCCAACUGGGCUGUGCGGGCGCGGGCGCGCAGGAGGAGAUGCCCCGCUGCCGUGAGCAGAUGCCAGGCGGGGGAGCUGCGCCCCACUUCCCGGGGGCGGCCACAACAGCCUCGCUCCUCGUGCCCGCCUGCACGGGCGCGGGGGCUUCGCAUCAGGGAGGCAAAUGUAGCCAGGAGCCCGGACGCUGCCAACUGGUCCCGUGUGUGACGGGCGGGAGAGCAAGAGCGCAGGCCCAGGCUGGGGUGAGGCAGACAAGAUGACUGCUGAGCUGGAGCCGGCUCCAAGCUUAGUGCUCCCCUUCCCAGCACUGGUGCAUCCUCUGGCGACGAUGGAGGAGCAGGAGCCAGCUGGCCCUGAGCCCAGGGCAGGACCGGAGGGAGGAGGGAAAGUCCCUCGUGUUGUCCAGGCUGGGACAGGUAGAGUAUCCCCAAGGUGGUUGACACCACAACAGAUCAAGCAGGAGCCGCUGGAGGAGCCUGUCCAGCGCUGGCAGGUCACAGUGCACAGGCAGCUUGAAGAUGUGGCCUUGGACAUGGAGGGACCUGGGGCACUGAGGGAACCUCUCUGCUCCUGGCUGGAGUGGGCGCAGACCCAUCCUGGGCAUGUGCCGCUGGAGGAGGCAGGAUGGCGUGAAACCCCAGGGCCCCAGGAGGAGCUGCCUUGUGUCCCCAAAGAGGAGCCCCCAUUCUACCAGGAGCCAGAUUCCCCCGACACAGAGGAGACUUGGGACUCAUCAGCAGAUGAAAGCCCCUUGGGCUGCUUCCCCAGACGAGGCUGUUUGCUAGGAGCAGCAGGUUCAGGGACCCUGAGCACAGCUGAGGAACGACCUCUUGAGGAAGGGCCUGUCACCCUGGAGCUGCUGGGGCCAUCCCCAGGAAGAUCAGGGGAGAGGAGACUCCCGACAACUGUGCCAGGCCAAGUGCAUCAGAAGCAGGGCAGGCACCCACAGCAGAGAGAGAACGUGGCCGUGAGCAAGCUCCCGGAGGCCUUUGAGGACGUGGCCGUGUAUUUCACGCGGAAGGAGUGGGAGCUGCUGGAAGCUGAAGACAAGGGGCUUUACCGGGACCAGAUGCUGAGGAAUUACCAAGCCCUCGUUUCCCUGGGGUAUCGAGGUCCUACACCAGAUUUAAUCUGCCGCAUCCAGCGAGGAGAGAUGGAGCUAUGGGUCAGUGAUGAUGAGGAAGCCGGAGAAAGCUCGUUGUCUGAGGACUUGUCUCCAGAAUCCGCUGCUAGAUGCAGGGGCAAAUCACCUGGUGGUUGGGAAAAUGGGGCCUCAGGAACACCUGCAGCUUCAGCAGCUGUGCUCCACGUGCACCAGCUCCGUCAGUGCCAAAACCAGGAUCCGACGGUUGUCUUCGAGCGGCUGGUCACUAUCUCCGAGGAGCACCUUGAGGAAACUCGGACCUGGCACCGCCACUGGCUCCACGAGUUCCGCGAGAUGUGGCAGGGCAUGGAGCAGUCAGACUGCGAGGAUCGUGAGGCAUGGCGAGCAGAAAGUGAGGUGUACCACGCUGUCCUGCAGAAGCUGGUGGAGGCCCAGGAGAAGCAGCGUGAUAUGGUGCGACGGGCGGUGGCUGCUGCCAAGGACAACCAGUGCGUGCGUCACUGACUGUGCUGGCCCUGGUGGUAUUUGGCACCACACCCAGUGUCCAGGCCUUGGUCCCGGCCCCAGCUGGUCCCUGACAGGCACCCAUGGGCCUGCCUCAGACCCCCCCCACUCCCAGUGACUGUAGCAGCAGGUGCAGUGCCAUGUGGCAGCAGGUGCAUCCUGUUCCCCCAGCCCCCCCGUUUCACCUGCCAUCUGCCCUUUGACCCCGCUCCAUGCAGUCCCUGAGGGAGCUGCCCAUGGUAGGGCCGGCUCCCUACGCGGGCCCUGCUGGCCCUGGCCCAAUGGAGGAGGAGGGGGAGUGGGCUGGGCGGGAUGGACAGAACCCACCCUCACCCCCAGGUCAGCCCCCAGCCUGCCAGGCUCACCAUGGUGCCCAAACCCAAGGUGCUGGUGGCCGAUGCUGAGGUGCCACAUGCCUCCCUCUGGGCUCUGCCGUAGGUGCCUCCUCCCCACUGUUCCCCAGAAGAGUUGUAAAUAGACACCUGGGGAUGAGGGUAUUUUAUUGGUGGUAUGCAUUAGGGUUCGGGGGAGGUAAGGUAUGCAUUGGGGCUGUUGGAAGGGAGACAAGGAGGGGUCUUUUGGGAGGCAGAGAGGGGUUUAUUGGCGUGUUGGGGAUAGAAAUAAAGUUUGGGGUUCAUUGAAAACUCAGUGUGCGUGUUUUUGCUGUUGCACUGUGGGCCAGGGGUUUGUGGGUGGUUGCCCUGCCGCCCUUCUGCAGAGGGUGGUGGAGGAGGUGGCCUGCGAGUGCCUCAGAUAUGGUGUCCUGGCUGCUGCUGCUGGGUGGAAGGUGAGGAGCAUCCAUGGUGUGUUAGGCACAGGUCCUUGGGACAGCAUCCUGGAGGGCUGUGUCAGCUGGCUGCAGACUGCUCGGGGCCAAAGAAGAAUUUGGCUGGGGAACAAAGCACAGUGCACCCUUUCAAAGAGUGGGGCUGGCAGCCAGGUGGCUGUGGCUGUCUGGCCAUAGCUUGGAGCUGCCCCUGGCUGCUGCAGUGGGGAAGAGCAGGGAAGGAUCAUGCCCAGUACAUUCCUCAAGCUCUUUGCCAACCAGGUAAUGGUAAUGGGAGCAGGAUUGUGAGGUCUGGAAGCUCCAAGUAAUACACUGACAUGAAGGUGGCAGUUACAAGAUGGUCGUCUAGCACUUGGAUGAGACAGGAGUGCAAUUCAGUAGCUGUAACUGAGACUGAGUGGCCCUCUUCAGGACCUGCUUUGCUCACCCCUCAUGGGGAGGGAGCUGGAAAAGGUGCUUUAAACGUAGCCUGUCUAAUACAGCAUUCUGUAUUUCUUCCUGACUGGAUAACUAUGUCCAGUGGGAUCACCUUUACUGAGGUUGAAAAUACCAGCAAAGACACACCAUUACUUUUGGGACCUGGAACAUCAGGACCCUCUUGGACAACCCUAGCAGUGAAUGCCUAGAGUGCCGCACUGCAAUCGUGGUCUGAGAACUCAGGUGACACAACACUGAUGUAGCUGCACUGAGCGAGCAGGAGAUGGGCAGCUCAAAGGACAUAGAGGUGGCUAUAUCUUCUUCUGGACAGGUAAAAAAGGAGGAGAACGCCAACUUCAUGGAGUUGGUUUUGACAUUAAGAAUGUACUCAUAAAACAACACAUUGAGUUUAAUUUUGGAAUUAGUGAACGCUGUAUGACUCUCCAUUUUAACCUAGCAGGGAGUCACUAUGCCACUGUCAUCAGCAUGUAUGCCCUGACUUGAUGCCACUGACAAAACCAAGGAGGAAUUCUGCACCAACCUUGACCAAGUCCUUUCUGAUGUUCCAGGGGGAGGCGGUGUUAUUUUUUUCAGUGAUUUCAACGUGAGUCGGAAGAGACUCUCGCCUCUGGAAUGGAACCACUGGCAAAGGAGUAGGAACGGCAUCCUCCUCUUGACCAAAUGCACAGAACAUGGAUCAUCUUCACCAACACCUUGUUCCACCAGAAAAACAGGAACAACACAUCAUGGCAACACCUACGAUCUAAGCAUUGGCACCUGACUGACUAUGUCAUUGUCUGUGUCAGGGAUCGCAAAGAUGUCUGCAUCACCCGUGCUAUGCUAGGAGCUGAUGAUUGCUGGACUGAUUGCUGAUUCAUCCGCUUGGUUAUGUCAUUCAAACUGGCUCCCAAACAAUGGCUGCAGUAGAAGUAAUACUGACAGAAGAUCAGUGUUGAUCCAGCCAGCCACCCCACAUGGAAACACGUCUGAGCUGCAGUGAAGUCUGUCAACCUGGAUUGGCCUCGUCAGCCAUCUUUGGACCCGCAGAUAAGACAGCCAUGGAAGACAAUCAUCCUCAUCUGUGAGGGAUUGCUGAAGAGUAGGCUGUUUGUGGACUAAGAUCAAAAGUAGUGCUAGUAUUGCUAUUGAUGUGUUGUUGUUAUUAUUUUUAGAAGAUAAGAACUGCCACGUACUAGGCCAGACCAUAGGUCCAUCUUGUCCAGUCUCCUUUGUCAUGCAGCAACAGAGAGCACAUACUGAAAGGAGAGUGAACUGGGUCCUACCAGGGCUUUCUCUACUGUUCCUCUCCCACUUGCAGCCUCCAGCAUUUGGGGUCUAGGAAGUUCUGCCCCUCACUCGUCUUCAGCUGCUACUGAUGCCCCUUUCUGUCAAGACUGUGUCCAAUCCCUGUUUGAAUUUGGCUUAACUCUCAGCUUCCAACACAUCUGGUUGCAAAAUGUCCUUUAAGGACACACUGGGUGAAAAGAAAAUAUUUUCAUUUUAAAUUUACUAGCUAAUCAUUUCAUGUUGUGAUCCCUAGUUCUUGUACUGGGAGAGAGAAUAAACAAUAAAUCCCUUCUAGCUUUCCCUUCACCAUCCAAUAUUUUGUAAGCCCUUCUCAUGUCCUCCCUCAAGUGUCCUUUUUCUAAACUGAGCAGGCCUGGCCUCGGUCUUUUAUCACAUGGAAGCCCCUCCAUACCACUCAUCAUCCUUUUUGUCCUUCUCUGGACCUUCUCUAGUUGUCAUCUAUCCUUGUUGAUAUAUGGGGACCAGAACUAGACACCAUAUUCAAGGUAUGGAUGCACCAUGGAUUUAUAAAGAGGCAACAUAGGCCACCAGAUCAGGAGGAUCUGGUAGUAGAUGAGGUUGUCUUCAAACAACUAGCAGAAGUUUCUUGAUUGCAGGCCAUAGUUCUCACAGGGGACUUCAAUCACCAUGACACCUGCUGGGAGGGUAAUACAGCAGUGCACAGGCAAUCCAGGAAGUUUUUGGAGAGUGUUGGGCACAACUUCCUGGCGCAACUGCUAGAGCGGCCAACUAGGGGCCCUGCUCUUCUUGACCUGCUGCUCACAAACACGGAAGAACUGGUGGGGAAUGUGUUAGUUGAUGGCAACUUGGGAAGCAGUGACCAUGCAAUGAUUGAGUUCAGGAUCCUGAGGAAAGGAAGGAUGGAGAGCAGCAAAGAAGAGUAUGGAGGAGUAAGGAAGGAUGGAGCAACACAGAAAGGAUAAAGAGUAAAGACCCUAGACCUCAGAAAAUUAGACUUCGAUUCACUCAGGGAUCUCAUGGGCAGGAUCCUCUGGGAAGCCAGAUUGAGGGGGAAAGGAGUCCAAGACAGCUGGCUAUACUUCAAAGAAAUCUUACCGAGAGUGCAGGAGCAAACCAUCCUGAUGUGCAGCAAGACUAGCAAGUAUGGCAGAAGACCAGCUUGGCUUAGCAGGGAACGUUCAGUAAACUAAAUCACAAAAAGGCAGCUUAUAAGAAGUGGAAACUUGAACAAAUAACUAGGAAAGAGUAUAAGAAAAUUGCUCGGGCAUGCAGGGAUGAUGUCAGGAAGGCCAAAGUGCAAUUGGGGUUGCAGCUAGCAAGGAUUGUGAAGGGUAACAAGAAGGGUUUCUACUGGUAUGUCGGAAGCAAGAAGAGGAUCAGGGACAGUGUGGGUCCCUUACUGAAUGGGGGAGGCAACCUUGUGACAGAGGAUGCUGAAGAGGCUGAAGUGCUCAAUGUCUUUUUUGCCUCUGUCCUCACAGGCUAGGUCAGCUCCAGGCACCAGGCAGCACAGUUUGGGGAGGAGGUGAGCAGCCCUCAGUGGUGAAAGAACAGGUUAGGGACUAGUUAGAAAAGCUGGAUGUGUACAAGUCCAUGGGGCCAGAUGCGAUGCACCUGAGGGUGCUGAGGAAGUUGGCUGAUGUGACUGCAGAGCCAUCAUCUUAAAAACUCAUGGUGAUCAGGAAAGAUCCCAGAUGACUGGAAAAAGGCAAACAUAGUGCCUAUAUUUGAGAAAGGGAAAAAGAAGGAUCCAGGGAACUACAGACCAGUUGGCUUCACCUCAGUCCCUGGAAAAAUCAUGGAGCAGAUCCUCAAGGAAUUAAUUUCUAAGCACUUAGAGGAAAAAAUGGUGAUUAGGAACAGUCAGCAUGGAUUCGUCAGGGACAACUCAUGCCUGACCAACCUGAUUACCUUCUAUGAUGAGGUGACCAGCUCUGUGGAUGCGAAGACCAGUGGAUGUGGUGUACCUUGAUUUUAGCAAAGCUUUUCAAACAGACUCCCACAGCAUUCUUGCAGACAAGCUAAGGAAGUAUGGGCUGGAUGAAUGGACUGUAAGGAGGAUAGAAAACUGGCAUCAGGCUCAGAGAGUAGUAAUCAAUGGCUCCAUGUCCAUUUGGCAGCUGGUAUCAAGUGGAGUGCCCCAGGGGUUGGUCCUGGGGCCGUUUUUUUUUCAAUGUCUCCAUCAAUGACCUGGAAGGUGGCAUAGAGUGCACCCUCAGCAAGUUUGCAGAUACCACCAAGCUGGGAGGAGUAGUAGAUAUGCUGGAGGAUAGAGCUAGGAUUCAGAGUGACUUGGACAAAUUGGAGGACUGGGCAAAAAGGAAUCCCAUGAGGUUCAACAAGGACAAGUGCAGAGUCCUGCAUUUAGGACAGAACAAUCCCAUGCACUGGUGCAGGCUGGGGCUGCCUGGCUGGGCAGCAGAUCUGCAGAAAAGGACCUGGGGGUUACAGUGGACAAUAAGGUGAAUGUGAUCCAGCAGUGUGCCCUUGUUGCCAGGAAGGCUAAUGGCAUCCUGGGCUGCAUUGGUGCAUGUAUUGCCAAUAGGUCAAGGGAAGUGAUUCUUCCCCUCUAUUCAGCACUGGGGAGGCCACAUCUGGAGUACUGUGUCCAGUUUUGGCCCCCCACUACAGAAAGGAUGUGGAGAAAUUGCAGGGAGCCCAGCGGAGGGCAACAAAAAUGGUGAGGGGCCUGGGGCACAUGACUUGUGAGGAGAGGCUGUGGGAACUGGACUUGUUUAGCCUGAAGAGGAGACUGACGGGAUUUAAUAGUAGCCUUCAACUCUCUGCAGGGGGGGUUGCAAAGAAGAUGGAGCUGGCCUGUUCUCAGUGGUGGCAGGUGACAGAACAAGGAGCAAUGGGCCCAAGUUGCAGCCAGGGAAGUUUAGGUUAGAUAUUAGGAAGAAUUUUCUCACUAGGAGGCUAGCAAAACACCAGAACAGGUCCCCCAGAGAGGUGGUGGAGGCUCUGUCCUUGGAGGUUUUCAAAACCCGGCUAGACAAAGCCCUGGCUGGGAUGAUGUAGUUGGGGAUGGUCCUGCUUUGAACAGGGGGUUGGACUAGAUGUGACCGCCUGAGCUCCCUUCCAGCCCUCAUUUCCUGUGAUUCCACAAACAUGAUUCUCUCUGGUUUGUUUAUAGUUCUCUUCAUCUUCCUGAAAAUGUGCUUUGUCUUCUUUAUGUCUGCUGAGCCCUGAGCUGAUGUUUUAAAUAAACUGUCCGCAACGA